AUGACUUCAUCCCGUCAGAAGCACCCAGGCCUCACGGUAGCUUCUCCCCUCGACACCGGGGCCAUGCCCGCCGCCCGCACCCCCAGUCGGUCACACCGGCACGUGCGCGGGCCGGGCCCCCGGCCCAGCUCCCCCGGCAGCCGCCGGCACACGCCGGACACCCCCGGUGCCCUGCCCGACGCCACCCCCGCGGGGCCCGGCCUGCCGGCUCCUCCGCCGCGCGGGGCCUGGCCCGUGUCAGCGCGGCCCUCUCCGCUCCCCCGCCGGGAGGGCCCGGCGGUGCCCGCUCGCUGCCUGGAGCGCACCCGCCGACCCGCCGCGGGCCCCGCUCGCUGCUGCUCGCGGGCGCCGCAGCCCCGGCCCCGGUCCGCCCGCUCAGCCCCUUCCCCCUCUCCGCCCCGGCCCCUCUCUGUGUACCUGCGGGCCCGGCGUCCCCCGGCGCCCGGCGGCGCUGCGGGGCCCGGCGCGGGUGCGGGGGGUGCUGGCUGGGGCUCAGGCGCGCGCCGCCCCGCGCUGGCCGCCGCCGGCCGCCGCCGCCGCCCGGUCGCGCACUCGGAGCGCCGCCAGCAGCGCGGACAUGUUGGAGCCGCCGUGCCCCCGCCCGCGUCACCGCGCUCCGCACGGGCGGCACCGCCGAGUCCGCCCCGGCCCGCCCCCCACCGCUACCCAUUGGCCGUCCGCCCCGCCGGCACCUCCCCUCCUCGCUGCCAUUGGCGAUCCGUGAGCCGCUCACCCGACGGCCCCGCCCAAACGUCUUUCCCUGAUUGGGUCUCCCCGCUUCGUUUUGACGCCAGCGAACGGACUCGGUCUUUCUCCGCACUUUUUUUUCAUAACCGGCCUCGCAGCCUCGGGGUAGAGCUGACGGAACCGUCUGUCAGCGAGCGUCCUCGCCCCUCCCCGCCUCCCUCCCGCCGCCACAUCCCCUUCCUCCCGGCGGCGCGGUUUGCCUGCAGGCCAUUGGCUCCCACCGCCGCCACUCCUGGACCCUCUCUCGCCCCCGCCGCCGCUCUGCCAAGUGGGCGGGAACCGGCCCGCGGGUACCUUCUCCUGAUUGGCCGCCGCCCCUGCCAGUCAGGCGGAGCCGGCGGAGCCGCAGAGCGCAGCCCGGCCCGCGCGCGGCGCCGCUCCGCACUCCGAUUGGUCGCGGGGCGGGCGAGAGGCGCGCGACCUCCCCCGUGCCCCACGGAGGGCGGUGGCGAGUACCCGUAUGUGCGCGCGAUGACAUCACCGCCAGCCAAUCAGCGCGCGCGGGGGUCGGGCUCCCGCCCGCGCUCGCGGGAGCCGCUGCGCCUCGCGCGCCCCGGGGGAUUGGAAGCUGGAAGCGGGAGGCGGGAUCGCCGCCGGCCCCGGGACGGUGUGGGGGCUGCCGGUGCUACCGCAGCAAAGAGCAAGGCUGGAGGUGUCUCGGCCCUUCGUGUUCCCGUCCGCCGGCGGGGCUCGAGCGACGGCCCCGCGCGAGUGCCCAUCGGAGGCGUCUCGGGGCCGCCCUGGGUGCCCCACCGAGCCCCGCCUGAAGAGUAG